CAGACAGUCAGAGGCUGUGUUUACACAGGCAGCCCAAUUGUCAUAUUUUUCCACUAAUUGGUAUUUUGAUCAACCUGAUCAGCUCUUUUGCCAAUAAUUGGGCAAAAUAUCAGAAUUGGACUGCUUCUGUAAACGCAGCCAAAGUGGCCUGUUCAAAACCAACAUGAUCAUGUUCCUCUAUUUCCAAUGCAAAUCACACCUUUCUGCUGUCCUCAUAUCUGCUCUCGGCACACAGGAGGCCUGUUUCAGGAUGGACAUGGAUCAGUUGUGAAUGCGUGACAGUUUUGAUAAGGAUGUCAUACCUAUUUGUUCAAGCAGCUAUAAAAACACACAAGGAUAGUUUCACCAGACACAGAUAAAGCCUAGUCCUUUACAACAAAAAAAACAUGAUCUCAGUUGAAAUAGCUUUUUAGUCAGAGACUUUAGGCUUUAACCUGUCUGACUGGAAAUACGUCUCUUACAGUAUUAAUCCAACAACAAGGUGUAAUGACCCUCUCUAUUGUCCCAUUGACAAGACCGAGUACACAAUGUUAAUGUACUGCCAAUGAUCGACAGUAACCUGAUAAGUGUUCCACUUAGCCUACUGUAAUCAUCAGUGACCCCCUGAACACAGCUAGCUAGGAGCCCAGGUGAAUAUUCAUCUAUGUAGACGUUCCCCUGUUCGGCUGUCUCAUUACUCUGACUGUUACCAGGGUUAUGGAUAGGUCUGUUACCAGGGUUAUGGAUAGGUCUGUUACCAGGGUUAUGGAUAGGUCUGUUACCAGGGUUAUGGAUAGGUCUGUUACCAGGGUUAUGGAUAGGUCUGUUACCAGGGUUAUGGAUAGGUCUGUUACCAGGGUUAUGGAUAGGUCUGUUACCAGGGUUAUGGAUAGGUCUGUUACCAGGGUUAUGGAUAGGUCUGUUACCAGGGUUAUGGAUAGGUCUGUUACCAGGGUUAUGGAUAGGUCUGUUACCAGGGUUAUGGAUAGGUCUGUUACCAGGGUUAUGGAUAGGUCUGUUACCAGGGUUAUGGAUAGGUCUGUUACCAGGGUUAUGGAUAGGUCUGUUACCACGGUUAUGGACAUAUCUGUUACCAGGGUUAUGGAUAGGUAUGUUACCAGGGUUAUGGAUAGGUCUGUUACCAGGGUUAUGGACAUAUCUGUUACCAGGGUUAAGGAUAGGUAUGUUACCAGGGUUAUGGAUAGGUCUGUUACCAGGGUUAUGGACAGGUCUGUUACCAGGGUUAUGGACAGGUCUGUUACCAGGGUUAUGGACAGGUCUGUUACCAGGGUUAUGGACAGGUCUGUUACCAGGGUUAUGGAUAGGUCUGUUACCAGGGUUAUGGAUAGGUCUGUUACCAGGGUUAUGGAUAGGUCUGUUACCAGGGUUAUGGAUAGGUCUGUUACCAGGGUUAUGGAUAGGUCUGUUACCAGGGUUAUGGAUAGGUCUGUUACCACGGUUAUGGAUAGGUCUGUUACCAGGGUUAUGGAUAGGUCUGUUACCAGGGUUAUGGAUAGGUCUGUUACCAGGGUUAUGGAUAGGUCUGUUACCAGGGUUAUGGAUAGGUCUGUUACCACGGUUAUGGAUAGGUCUGUUACCACGGUUAUGGAUAGGUCUGUUACCACGGUUAUGGAUAGGUCUGUUACCACGGUUAUGGAUAGGUCUGUUACCAGGGUUAGGGAUAGGUCUGUUACCAGGGUUAAGGAAUGGGUCUUUAUUGAUAGGUCUGUUACCAGGGUAGGGGAUAGGAUUGUUACCAAGGUUACUAACAUGAUCCCUCACUGACCCUAGAGGUUCCAUGGUGAUGGAAGUCAUUACUAACAUGAUCCCUCACUGACCCUAGAGGUUCCAUGGUGAUGGAAGUCAUUACUAACAUGAUCCCUCACUGACCCUAGAGGUUCCAUGGUGAUGAAAGUCAUUACUAACAUGAUCCCUCACUGACCCUAGAGGUUCCAUGGUGAGGUUCCAUAGA